GUAAUAUGGGAGCAUACUAACAUGCAUGGUGGCUAAUACUGUUACGCUACGGUACGAGUACCACACGUACGGUACCAGUAGAAAGUGAAGUGUCCGUCGAAUCGAAUCCGAGGCAAGGCAUUGCAAGGCAAGGCAAGGAAGGAACGGGACUGGCUGGGUGGAAACAUCCCAAAGAAACAACACACAACAACACAACCGGUGCGACACAACGCGUGGUGUGGCAGCAGUGUUGUGCGAUGCGCCGUAGGAUGCCGUGCGCGAGAAGAACAUGGUGAUGAUACAGGUCCUUCUGUCGAUGCUCUUUGGAACGGCGGCCGGCAACCACGGCACCGACCGCACUCGCAGCAGCAGCCGCCGCCACGGCACGGCAGGCUGCCAAGCCGCCGUGACGGAUGCGUCCGUCUCUCCCGACCAGAAGGGUGCCGGGAUCCUGGUCCGAUGGCUGCGCCCGGCCCGUGGGGACCGCUGGGAGGAGAACACUUGCGGCAGCGAACGCGGCAGCGAACGACGACGACGACGAACCACCGCCGGCACCACCGGCACCACCCCCGGGGGCUACCGUCCGGGGCCGGGGGACACCUGUUUGGUCCGGUACGAUUGCUACGUCCUGGGCCCGGUCCCGGCGGAACGGACGGGGGGUCCCUUCCGGGUCCACCGCCGGCGGGCCAGGACCUGGGUGGACGGGAACUUUCCCGGGGGGAGGUGGUCCGGAAGCGAGGGCAGCAGCGAGGGCCGCAGCACCACCACCACCGAAACGCGGCGGCCCCUGGUCCUCGAGGCCACGGCCCCGGUCGUCCCGGCCCUCUCCUUCGUGGUGGGGGCCGGCGAGGUCCUCCGCGGCCUGGAGGUGGCCGUCCAGCGCAUGGAGGAGGGGGCCGCCUGCGAGGUCGUCGUCCCCUGGGCCUACGGAUACGGCGUCCCCGGCCUCCCCCCCUUGAUCCCCCCCUUUUCGGACCUGGUGCUGGUGGUGGUCCUCGAGGGCAUCGAGCCGACGGACCAGAACCGGGAGCGGCACGAGGAGGGAGGACACGCCCGCCCCAGGGAGGGGCCGGCGGCUCUGGUGGCGGUGGUCAGGGACGCGGUGGCGGUGGCCGCGGUCGCCGGGCUGCUGGUCGUUGGGUUCUCCGCGCUGCUGCAGCGGUACGAGGACACGGUGGUAGGGAUCCUGAGGGCCAUUGCGGACGAGCUGUGAGCGAGCGAAACGCCGCCGUUUGGGUUCGGAGAUUGCCUAUACAUGCGAUGCGAUGCGAUGCGAUGCAAUCCAAACCACUCUUUCUCGAGGGAUCGCAUCGACCGAUUCUAGGCUAGACUACCCGUAG